AUGACGGCAACAUUGACGACUAUGUAUACAACCACAAAAGUCGAUACUUUAGUGUUCCCUUAUGAUAUAUUCGGUAGCAAUGAUCUUGUUAUUGGUGUUAAUACAACAUUCACAUCAUUGAAUGAGUUAACAUCAUAUAUCGACGAGGGAUUGAACACAACUUUCAUCGAUGUUUACAUGGCUGACGUGUCCACUGGUCAUACAGCGUUUUUGGCGGUGGCGAUGUUUACUCUCUCAUUAGUGACUGUUCUGGGAAAUGCUAUUGUGAUUUAUGCACUACGCACAAAUCGCCACUUACGAACGGUAAUAGACUUGAUGUUUGCUUAUGGAGAUCUUGAAAGGUCUUUAAUUAAAAUUUUUCAAUUUGUUUUGAUUACUAACAGUCUUCUUAUUCUUCUCGAUGAAUUAGUUGACAUGCACUCUGAAGCAAAAGGGAUAAAAGGCAAAAGAUCAAAAGAAUAA